AUGCUGACUUCAGUGCAAGCACUAUGGGACAUGCAGACGUCAUGGGGGGUGACUUUCGACCAAUGGGACACCAACGGGGAUUGCAGCAUCGCCUACAACAUAUCAUGCAAUGCUAAGGGCAUGGUGACGUGGAUGUACGUGGUGCUGACAGAGCUCACGGGGCUGAAUCUGGGAGGGCCUCUGCCCGCCACCAUUGGUGACCUGGUGGCUCUCUCGCACCUGACAUUGGAUAGGAACGGCAUCACAGGCCCCAUCCCAUCCACCAUUGGCCAGCUCACUGCACUCACCUGGUUCUCCAUGGCUCGCAACAGCCUCACAGGCAGCUUUCCAAAGACCUUCACCAACCUGGUCAACCUGAGAGACGUCUCCAUCUACGGCAAUCACCUCAGCGGCCCCCUUCCGGACUUCAGUCUCUUCUCCAAGCUGCUCCAAUGGGGGUCAUCAGAAAACAAUUUAACAGGUUCACUUCCAUCGCGCAUUGGCAACUGCAAAGAAUUGAAAGCCCUGUACCUGCAAAACAACAGUUUCGCAGGCAGCAUUCCCGACUCCAUCACGGCUCUAACGGGGCUCACACACCUGGACCUCUCAUACAACAGACUCUCUGGCAGCAUACCCUCCAACAUUGGCAACUUGCACUGGAUUACUACACUCUUGCUGCAGAACAAUCGCAUUGGCGGCACCAUUCCAGACUCCAUCACCAACAUCGUAGAGCUGAUGUACCUGGACCUUUCUCACAACCAGCUCUCCAGUACCCUGCCGUACAACAUCAGUAACCUGCACAAGCUCGACUACAUCUAUGUUGACUACACGGACAUGCAAGGGAGCUUGCCAGAGACCCUUGCAACAAUGACCACGAUCGAAGUCCUGCGGUAUGAUGGGCUGCUCAUGUCGUGCCCCACAGGGCCCUGCACCGUGGUCGCUGUCAACACCACACUCUUCUGCUCUGACUGCUCCGCCUUCUGCUCCUCCUGCAGCGCCACCAUUGCGCCACCCUCCAGUCCAGCCCCAGUUAGCCCCCCCCCCGCCCCUCCUUCCUCCCCCUCGCCUCCUGCCCCUUCCCCUUCCCCCCCGUCCGCGGAGGGGGGAGGGGGGGUGUCGACAGGGGUGGUGCGGCAGCAGCAGCGUGCAUAUCAUGGCUGGCGUGUGUCAUAUCAUGUGUUGUCAUAUCAUGCGGCGAUCAAUCCUGCGGCGAUUAAUGAUACCCUUCCCCACCCGGCAACCCACCUCCCCUCCUCCAAGCAGCAGCAGCGGCGGGGAUAUCAGGGGGCGGGCACACUGUCCUCCCCUCUCUCUCCCACCCACCUUUCCCCCUCUCGCCCUACUUCCUUCUUUUCCCCACCACAGAUCAACGAGAUGGCUUCAAAGCACCACCCCAACCUCGUCCGUCUGCUGGGUUACUGCAUCGACGUGGACAAGGCAGCUGAGAGCACGGAGCAAAUACUCAUCUACGAGUUUAUGGAUAACGGAGACCUCGAGCGGUGGAUUGGACCAGGUGUUGAGGAGCCGCUGACCUUGCGGCAACGUUUUGACGUGCUCAUCGGGGUGGCUCAGGGCCUGCAGUACCUCCACAGCUUCAAUAUUGUUCACCGCGAUAUUAAGCCUGCUAACAUCCUGCUCGACAAGAAGAUGCAGGCCAAGAUAGCUGACUUUGGGCUGGUGAGGAUGGGCGAGGGCACUGCAGUGGGUCAUACGCGGGUGAUGGGAACACCAGGCUAUGUGGAUCCCGCUUACUUCAAGUCGCAGAAGGCCACUCCAGCAGCAGACGUGCACAGCUUCGGAGUGGUGAUGCUGACAGUCAUUACUGCCCGCAAGGCUCUGGACUCUCUGGACGACAACCAAGUCAACCUCAAGAAAUGGGUGGAGCCAUUGUUGGAGGCCGGGGAUGCAGAUACCAUCAAGGACCCGCGUCUGGACGCUCCCAACGACGUGAUCCUCAAGCUCGCCCGCUUCGCCCUCUCCUGCACCGCCACGCCCGUGGCCACCCGCCCCUCCAUGGCUCGCAUUCUCUCCGACCUCAUCGCCAUGAAAGAGGAGUUCCUCGGUGCUGACGUGGAUCCUGUGCUGGUGAAUAUCGAUAGUGACUUGGCGGAUCGCAAGGCGUCGAACUUCUCGCAGGAGAUUCGGCGGGCGCAUGAGGUGGCGUCGGAGCGUGAAGGGGUGUCGGGUUUGAGCAUUGGGAUGGUGUCAAUUGGGGAGAUGGAUUCCUCUGAUAGCGGUGUAUGA